AUGUUCCUGGAGCUCUCGCUACCUCGAGUUGGGGUGUUUGUGGCACUCCCAGUCAUCUACUGGAUUGGUUUGGUCGUCUAUGCACGCACAUUCCAUCCCCUCAGCGGAAUCCCCGGGCCUUUCCUUGCGACGGUAUCACGGUUGUGGUACAUGUUGAAGAUUUGGACCGAGGACGUCGAAAAGGAUGAACGAGCACUCCAUGAAAAAUAUGGUCCACUAGUCAGACUGGCACCAGACGAGAUCUCAUGGUCGGAUCCUGACGCAUUUGCGGAUAUCUAUCGCUUUUCCAACGCGUUGGAUAAAGCCCAAUUCUACGAGCCCUACAAUACAACCGGUUUCAGCCCUCACGGCGAUGUCUUCUCUUGCAAGAGCGACAAGAAGCAUGGCCAAAGGCGAAGGAUCACGAGCAGUCCCUGUGAUAUCGGAGAAUGGCUGCAUUGGUACACCUUUGACAUCAUUGGUGAACUCUUCUAUGGCCGAGCUUUUGGAUUCGUUGAUGAGGGAAAGGACCAAAAUGACUGGAUCAAGUCUCUCGACAAGAUGAUUCCCUUCGUCUGCCUGAUGGGUGUGGCGCCGCCGAUCCUGCGCCCUUUCGUUGGCAUUGGAUGCAUGCUCACAUCUGCAGGCAAGGAGAUUGCCAAGGGAGUAAAGAACAUUGGCGAGUCUUCUGCACGCCUCAUGAAGGAUGCGUAUGAGUCGCGCCUCGAGGCCCCCAGAACCGACAUGGCACAGCAGGUCUUCUCCAUCUACGAGAAGAGUGGUGAAAAGUUCGACUACCGCUGGGGAGAUGUUGAGCAAGAGUCUUACGGUGCACUCUUUGCUGGCAGCGACACCACUGCCAUCGCCUUUCGCUCCCUGUUCUAUCACCUGAUGCACAAUCCGGAGGCGUACCGUAAGCUGGAGGCUGAGGUUGACCAAGCCGUCAAUGAGGGUCGUCUCAGCAUGCCUCCCACAUACAAAGAGGCGAGCCAACUUCCCUACCUUUGCGCGUGCAUAAAGGAGGCUCUUCGUAUCCAUACUGGUGCCCAGCUAUCUCUGCCUCGUAUUUUCAUCCCGGGUGGCUAUGUUGUUGGCAUCAACGCCGCCGUGCUGCACUUUGAUAAGAAAGUAUUUGGUGCAGACGCAGAAAGUUUCAACCCUGACCGCUGGAUGGAUCAGUCUCGCGCCAACUACAUGGACAAGUUCAUGAUGGCCAUUGGCGGCGGCACACGUACGUGCUUGGGCAAGAGCAUUGCCUUGAUUGAGCUGCACAAGCUUUCUCCUCAGUUGGUGUGGAAUUAUCGGUUUGAAUUCUACGAUCAAGCCAAGACUCAGUGGCACACCAGAAACACCUUCUUUGCCAGACAAGAAGGCGUGGUCGCGCGAGUCAAGCGUAGGAACCACUGA